CUGCGUGUGACUGACCCGCAUUCCUCCAGUGGCACUACCACCACCACUACAGAUCUCUACGGGAGUGAAUCAUCGUAAUGGCGAGCAGGACGUAAACAGUGGCUUCAAAACCUCGAGUACAUCUUCGGGCUGCUGGAGUGAAUGUGAAUGGGUGCAAGAUAACUGAUGGCUGAUCUUAUGCCGCCAGACUCAAGAAGGUGUAGUUAUUUCUUCCUCUAUGACGGCUCCAAGGUCAGAGGAGAGGGCGACCCAACGAGAGAGGGAAUCUGCUACUUCUACCCUGAAGAGACUCCUUUAGAUAAGCAGGAGCUGCUCUGCGGCCAGCUCGUCGGUGUGAGCCGCUGCGUCUCUGAGCUUUCCUCCUCUUCCGUACGCGUACUCAGGCUGCGCUCCAUCAAGUUCGCCAUUCGCAUGAAGGAUGACUUCUUCUGGGCUCUGGGUUGCUCAAUGGAGGUCCCCACUGUCAGUGUCUGUGAGCUCCUGGAACAGCUCAUAAACCUCUAUUGUUUUUACAACGGAUCUGUCCACCAGAGCUAUCAGCUGAACAGUCAGGAAACUCUGGCAGCGCGAUGGGCGAGGUACCUCUCACACCUGCUGUCAGGCUCCUCGGAGCUCUAUCACAUCUUUAGCUGCUUGAGGACCAUCAAUCCAACCAACGUUGACCCACUACUCCUGCUCAAAGCUGCCCUCAUUCUCCAGGCCUGCCAGCGCUGCCCUCUAGUGCUGGCGGGCUGUAUUCUCUUCAGAGGAAGAGUUGUGAGCACACAGAUGUCUCCAGAGCUCACAAUGAAGGUCAUGGUUCAUGAGAGUGAAACAUAUACCAAGGCCCAGAGGCUCAAUGGACAGAGCACCUCCAGCCCAUCUGGCAGUGCAGUCAGCUCCACAGCCGUGUUCCUGACCAUGUCCGAACUCCAGUACCUACAGUCUGCCCCGGUCGACAAAGAAUUCAGUUCCUAUUCUACUCCGCAAAAAGAUGCUCCCCGAAAGAAGACUCGUUUAUCAAGAACUUUAUCUGACGGACCUUCUUCCGAGUCAGAGCGUUCUGAUUCGAGUUCCUCCCAGUCUCCUCAGAAAGUGUCCUUCAGCCCCCACUUGUCAGAAUCGGAUGCCUUUGUGUUUAGUCCGGCUCCAUCUCAGAGCACUCCCGAUUCACUCAACCCUGCACCACAGUCAUUCAAGCCUUCUUUCUCAAAUGGAAAACAAACCCAUGAAGCUGAGGAGGAAGCACUGGAGAAGUCACAUUAUCACAGUUUUCACGACAGUGAAUGUGGUGGGAGCCAGAUACACAGAGGAGACAGCGCAGUGUUUGGAAAAAACUCCUAUCUAAAUGGAGGUGGAGGAGGUGGAGAUGCGUCGUGUGAGACGGUGUCUGAAUUCCGACAGGCUGAGCCCAGGACUGAACAGUCACAAGAUGAUAAGGUGAAGGCCGGAGACAGGCGAGUCUGUUGUGGGAGGGCUCAGGGGCGCAAGGCAGAGAUGAGGGAUCCCUCUUCACUUUCCAGUGCUUGUAACGACUUAGAGGAGAACCCACUGAUCCCCAUGACGCUGUACAUGCACCGGGUGAAGGGCCUGGUGCUGGCUCUGCUGGUGGAGCCUCAUUUCCUCAGUGACACAGCUUCCAUGGAGGAAGUGUAUCACAGCAGUCUGGCCUCACUCAAUGGACUGGAGGCCCAUCUAAGGACCAUUGCUCCAGGGGCCCCAGGUGCUCCAGGACCCUACAUCUUUGCUCAUUUUGACUGCAUUCAGAGCACGCUGACAACCAACCUGUCUGGCCGACCAGGGGGAGCCCCGGAGCAUCCUUUUGUCAGGGCCACAUCACUUCUUCACUCCCAUUUCUGUAACACUGAAACUCUGCAGGAGGCUAUUAUCAGGAGUGCCGGAGCAGCUGUGUAUGGGACCCGCAGUGUGGCCCAGGAGACUUACUUUCAGCAGCAAGGGGGCUCGCUGAGGAACUCAGGCAUCCCUAACCACCAGGACAGCGCUUUCUCUCUGCCCAGCAAGGCCCGACACAGACUGCUGAAACACGGGGUUAACCUUCUCUGACGGGAACAGCGUCACGACGCCCGCUCUCAGGGUUCAACAAUUGCUGUUAAUGAACAAAUGAUCUGUCCUGUAAGUACACCGAAAAACAAAUUCUGAACCAGGACAUUUUAGGAUUAAAGCUUCACCUUUUAUUCAGCUGAUAGCGUCCGCUUGAUUUUUAAUUAUGUAUCAUAAAUAUACUUUUGCAUCGAUGGAGAGAAAUGGUCAUUGGCUGUGAGGUUUCAUAGGCUACGUUUAAUAUGAGUUUUAGUCACAGGUUGUGUUUGUUUGAGCCCGAUUUUAUUUCUGUGCUAAAAAAAAAAAAUGUCAGCUUUUGUAUCUAUAACAGUUAUUUUUGACAUAUUUAGCUCAUGUUUGCACACAGCACACAGUCUGCAAGCUUUCCUCUUUAUUUGCACAUUCCAUUGCCUUGUUUGUAUUUUUAGAAGUUUAGACUGAAGACAAAGUAAAUCUUCAAUCUUUUUGUAUAAAAUGAUGCUUUGCUUAAAUAGUAUUGGUUAAUUAACUACCCUUUUAGAUAAUGUUUCAACUCCUUAUUUAACUAUUAGAUCUGCUUUUUUUGUGUUGUGUCAUGCGUUUAAAUAUUAGUGUAUUCAAACGUUUGCUGAGAUGAGAUUCACUUUGAUAUACCUUGUUUUAUUACUGAUAUAAAUAAAAUGAAGACACGA